AUGGAUUUCAUCAAGACCAGUUCCCUGCGUGCUCUGAACUGGUCCAGACGGCUUUAUCGAGCAUUGCGUCCUAACGCGCACACCGGCCGAUCGAGGAACGAACGUACCGCGAUCGUCCCGCGCACAACAUCCGCGCCAUCCCGCCAAGUCCACGGCCGAGCUCACGUACCGACCCGGAAGCAACGUCCCGCGGUCGAGCCGUUCAGCCUCGCCACCACAAGCCGUGCACGACCGCGCGCGCGAACCGGGAAGCAAUUCGCGGCCGCACGGCACACAUCACGUACCCGCGGCCGAUCCAUCCGUCGACCAGGAAGGCUUCGUCCCGUGACCAGAAUCAUCGGCCAAUCAUCCAUCCGUCCGACCCGUCGGCCGAACGCGAAAACUCUCGGCCACGAUCGUUCCGACCGUGCCGAUAGCCGACCACGACCCGAUAGCCGGCCGAUCGACCCGAACGCCCGUCGACCCGAAGCCCGUUUUGAAGCCCGUUUCACACGUUUUCACGGCCCGGCUUAA